CUUGGUUUUUUGUUUUCACACUUAUUUAACCCAGUUCUUGCGUGAAGCAACAUUAUUUGUAGCUAUGUAUUUUAAAAUUGAUUGCAAAGUAGCUUUAAUUUCUGGAGGUGCUUCUGGUAUUGGGUUAAGAUAUGCCAAGGAAUUGCUACGUAAUGGAAUCAGAGGUGUUACGUUAGCUGAUAUCAACGACUACUUUGGUGAGAAAGCUCUUGAAGAAAUUAGAAAAGAAUUUGGACCCAAUAAAGCCAUUUACGUUAAAACGGACGUUACCAAUAGAGAAAGUUACGAAGGAGCCUUUAAGAAAACUGUCGAAGUUUUUAAAAAUUUGGAUAUUCUUAUUAACAAUGCUGGCAUUUUAAAUGAUGGCAUAUGGGAAAAAGAGAUUGCUAUAAACGUUAACGGGGUAAUACAUGGCACUCUUCUGGGCUUAGAAACUUACAUUCCCAAAUAUAAGAGUGGCGAUGAAGGUGUCAUUGUAAAUAUAUCGUCGAUUGCUGGUGUUAAAGAGUCCAACCACGUUCCCAUAUACUGUGCUACAAAGUUUGCUGUAAUAGGUCUCAGCAAAUCUUUUGGCCAUAUAUUUCAUUAUAACAGAACUAAAGUAAAAAUAUUGGUUCUCUGUCCAGGAGUUACCGAGACUCCACUGAUUUCUGAUAUUCACGGAAAGAGUUUGGGCCCACCAUACGAAGAAGCAAUGAAUUCUCAUCUUGGUGAUUUACCGAUUCAAAAGCCCGAGAACGUAGCUGUCGCCAUGGUGAACAUUAUUAAGAACGCACAAACUGGUACAGUAUGGAUAGCGGAAGGUGAAGAGGAGCCAUAUGAAUUUAUUUUACCACCAAGACAAAAUUUUGCACCAAAAUGAUUAAGAUAUGUUAUAUACAUGUACUUGUUAUAGAUAUGUUUUAAUAAAUAUUUUCAUGCAUUUA